CAAUGGCAGAGUGCAUCGGCCUGCUGUUCGGGAGGGUGGACGGCGCUGCAGCUGGCGGUGCAGAACCGGUGGGGCGGCCUUGACUCGCAGGCCAAGGCCGACCAGCUCGCCUCCUCCGUCCUCUCCUGGUUCACCCGCGCCGCCGCCAGAGGCACUGGACCACUCGACCAGGACGAGCUGGAGGGAUUGCUGUACGACACCAUGGACGAGUCCUUCAACGCUGACAUUAAGGAUGGGAGCGUCGAGGAGGUUACUAAGCAUCUGAUGAUUAUGUACACACCAUGUCUGCGACAGGACUAUUCAUAUAUCGAUAAGCUUAGGAAGACACGGCUUGCAGGCAGCGCCAUUACCCAGAGCAAAGAGACCGUCACUGGGAUCGCAAGCUGGGGCCACACUGGACCGUCGCCGUGAGCCGCCUUCUAAGUCGUUUUUAUGUAUUGAACUUGUGAGCUUGGAAUAAUGUGUACUUUUGAACACGUGAUUUGUAAUAUAUUGUGGAUUUCAUACAAAUUUGGUCGUUUGUGAUAUAUAAAUGUGGUUUGUGAUA